GCGAGGCAGUGUAUGCUGGGAACGGAGCAGCGAGCAGGACGAUGCUCCAGGCGGUGCGGCCGGGCGCCUGGCCUCGCGCCACACGGCCGAACUGGGGUUGGCCGCGCUGCCCGAGAGGACCCUCGCGCCAGGGCCCCGCGCAGCGGCGCGCGACCAGGCCGGAAUUCGGGGUGUGGGCGCGCGGCGUCGCGCACCAGCGCCUCGGCCCGGCGCCGGACGGCCCUGCGGGCCCGGGGACGGAGCCGGAACGGAUGACCGACUGGGAGAGGAGGCUGCUUGACCGUUUGGGCCGCGGGCUGCUGAGUGGAAGCAGGUCGUGCCUGGCUGAAGGCAUCACCCUGGUGGAGUCGGCUCACCGGCAGAAGAGGCACCUGGCGCAGCUGCUGCUGCAGAGAGUGCUGACCUGCCAGAAGGAACGGGAGCGGCUGAACGGCGGGAGACCGCUGGCCUUCAGACUGGGACUGACUGGCCCGCCGGGAGCUGGGAAAUCCACAUUUAUUGAAAAAUUUGGGACAGUGUUGACAGGAAAAGGACAUAAAGUUGCUGUACUAGCUGUUGAUCCAUCUUCUAAAACUUCUGGAGGAUCACUUUUGGGUGACAAAACUCGUAUGACUGAACUUUCAAGGAAUAUGAAUGCUUAUAUUCGUCCGUCACCCACUUCGGGUAUUUUGGGAGGAGUUACAAGAACCACCAAUGAAGCAAUUAUUUUAUGUGAAGGGGCAGGAUAUGAUAUAGUUCUUGUAGAAACUGUAGGUGUGGGCCAGUCUGAGUUUGCAGUAGCCGACAUGGUGGAUAUGUUUAUACUGUUUAUUUCCCCAGCAGGGGGAGAUGAACUUCAGGGAAUUAAACGUGGUAUAAUAGAGAUGGCAGAUUUGGUUGUUGUAACAAAAUCUGAUGGAGAUCUCCUUGUUCCUGCACGAAAAAUACAAACUGAAUAUACAAGUGCUUUAAAAUUGCUUCAUAAUCAGUCCAAGAGCUGGAAGCCAAAGGUGAUGCGUGUGUCUUCAAAAUUUGGUGAAGGGUUUACUGAACUCUGGGAGAAAAUAGCAGAAUUCCACAACACAGUAGUUGCGAGUGGUGACUUGCAAAUAAAAAGACAAAAUCAGCAAAAGGUGUGGAUGUGGAACAUGAUCCAAGCGAAUAUCACUGAGCACUUCUGUAAUCACCCAGCUGUCAAGAAUCAAAUUCCCAGUUUAGAAGAUAAAGUCAUCAAUGGUGAUCUAACUCCUGGACUAGCUGCAGAUAUCCUUCUGAGGACAUUUUCAUCAAAGGAAUAAAUACUAUAAUUGUUGUAAAUACUGAUUGACUAUAGAUUAUAUAUUUAUAAUGAGUGUAAUAUUUGCAGUGGUAAUUUCUACUCAUUCAAAGAGUAGUGAGAAACAUUCCUGGGUGACGUUGGAAUAUUUAUGUUGCACAUCUUUAUGAAAAGUUUUUAUAUUUCCUUCACUCACAGAUUUAAAAAAUCCAUUAUAUUCAUUCAGAAUAUUUAUUGGACAAGCGUGGAAAAUUACUUGGUUUCUGUGCUGAGUCACCAUGAUUGUAUUUUAAUUGUUUUUCAUUUCAACAUUGUGCUAAGGAGGUAAAUCGUAUAAAACUAUUUUCCAAAAAAUAGUAUCUUUAUAAAUGUAGAGUUUCAGUAGAUCACAAUAAACUUCCAUACAGAAUGUUCAGGCAAGAUAUUUUAGGUGAAUUUGGUGAGUUUUUUAAGUAGGUAUGUAUUAAGAAAAUAGUAUUUAGGAAUGAUGUCUCCCUAUGACUUUUUGAAAUGCUUUGCAAGAUUCUCUACUGCUGAUUUCAAUUUAUCUGCCUUCCAUUCCAGAUAUAUUAAAUCCUGUAGAAUAGUUAUAUUUAGGAUGAACCUUAGGCGAAGUGCUUUCUACUAUAUUUAAUUUUGUCUACUUUUACUUAGGGGAAAGGAGCAUUUAUUUCACUUGUAAAACAUCAGCAUUAAGUUUAUCUUAUUGGUUGAAGUGAUGGUCAUUUUGGAGCUUGUACAUCAUUUUAUCAGUUGUCAUUCUUAUGACCUAAUAUAUCAAGACUAUAAUUUUUGAUAUUUUAGUGACAAAUUUGAAGCAACAAUUACACUGUUUCCACUUUAUUAGUACACCUGCUUGUUAAUGCAAGUAUCUAUCAGCCAUUCAUGUGACAGAAACUGUGCAAAAGCAUGCAGACAUGUCUAGAGGUUCAGUUGUCGUUCAAACCAAACAUCAGAAUGGGAAGAAAUGCAAUCUAGGUGACUUUGACUCUGGAAUGAUUGUUGGGGUAAUUUGUAUAUCUCAGGAACUGCUGGUUUGCACAGAAUCUGGAAUGGUGCACAAAAAAAAAAUCACCUGUGGUCAGAAACAUAUUGUUAAUAAGAGAGGUCAGAGGAGAAUGGCCAGACUGGUUCAAGCUGAAAGGAAGGCAACAGUAACUCAAAUAAUCAUGAGUUACAACACUGGUGCGCAGAGGAGCAACUCUGAACACAUAAUACAUCAAACCUUAAAGUGAAUGGUCUACAGCAACAGAAGUCCAUGAAGUGCACACUGAGUGGAUGAAUGUCUCUUAAAGUCAACUGUUGUAAUGUUGUAGAAGAAAAGAUGUGUAUCUCUAAAAUAAAUAUCUAAUGCAUGUACUGGACAGAGUGAUAUUAAAUGGUUCAGAUUUUGA